CAAGGCUUCAGGCUCUGUACCUGCCGCAAACCGCCGAGCCUGCAUCCCCACAGCGCCGCCGCCAUCUUCACAUUCAGCACUGACCGAGCCUCGCCGGAAAUGACCCGGACCCGACCACCGGGGACGCCGGAAAUGACCCGGACCCGAAUCCCGGGUACGCCGGAAGCUGGCUGGAAGUGAAUAGGUGAAGAUGGCGUUGGGUCGUUGCGGUUCCCUCGUGUUUCUCGGCGGCGGCGGCGGCGGCUCAUCGCCUCCCCGCAUCGCGGGCGUCACGCUCGGGGAGAGCGGGAAACCCUUUGUGUAUGACAUCCCCCCACAAACAGGAAGUCAGGCUGGACCAUCUGAUGAUGAGGAGAGGAAUGGUCUUGUGGCUUUUGCCUUUUCCCCCUCUGGGACCUACGUUGCUGUAACUAUGGAUAAUAAGCAGUUACUGCUGUUCCGUACCAGACCAUGGGAGUGCGUCAGUGUCCGCACAGCGCUACGUCGAUCCACUUCAGUGACCAUCACAGGAGCAGAGGACCGCAUCCUGCUGGCUGAUAAAUCUGGUGACGUGUACAGUUUCUCCAUCAGUCAGCCUGAUAGUCCAGGGCACCUCCAACUUGGGCACCUUUCCAUGCUGCUGGCCGUGGCAGUGAGUCCAGACGAUCGAUAUGUGAUUACAGCUGAUCGGGAUGAGAAGAUUCGAGUUAGUUUACUGGAGCAGCCACAUAUCAUUGAGGCAUUCUGUCUGGGCCAUCGCGAGUUUGUUAGUCAGCUUUCCAUUCCUCCGAAUCAUCCACAGCUUCUGGUGUCUGGCUCUGGGGAUGGGACUAUCCGACUGUGGGAGUAUGAAAAUGGAACUGAGCUGCACUGUCUUGAUUUGUGUGAGCUACACCCUUCUGGGUGUGAGAAGAAAAGAUGUGCUGUGGUACGUCUCGUUCACUGCAGAGGGAUGGAUUUCUUUGCAGUUCUGUGUGACAGUCUCUCCUUAGUGUAUGUUCUGGAGUUGGAUUUGAAAGCUGAGAGACUCAUUCACCAGCAGACGAUCACGGCGAAGCAGCGAGCCUGGGAUGUGACGUUCGAUGACUGUGGUGGGCUCUGGCUGUUGGAUGGUGACGUAGCUGUUCUAUACCAAUUACAUGAAGGGCUGUGGCGGGAAAUUCCAGAUCAUCCAGAUCAAAUGAGGAUCAAAGAGGUUAUCCGUUCCAACUGGCCAGUAUUUGGGGCUUGCAAGAACUGUGACAAACUGGCAGAAAGCUAGCCACCAGGAUACAUGAACAUCAACUCGCCACAAAACGACAUGACCCACUAUCACUCGUAUCCUUACGUACAGAUAAGGAAGGACACCACUUUGAUUGGGACAACACAUCCAUCCUAGGUCAAGCCAAACAGAGACAUGCAUGAGAAUUCCUAGAAGCAUGGCAUUCCAACCGGAAUUCCAUCAGCAAACACAUUGAUUUGGAGCCCAUCUACCAUCCUCAGAGAAAAAGAACAGGAAAUGACAUCACCAACCCAAGGAAACCUAAACACUUAAAUAGAAAGCGGGACAUAACACCAGCGCUUCGACAGAGGCUCACUGAUGAUGUUACCUAGAAUGGUGACGAAACGUCUGAAAACUAACCUUCCAGCUCAGCGAGCAAACUCACAUCCAGAACCUCAACCUGAGCUACAAAUCUUCUCAAAACUCGCUAUAAAUUCCCCUGUCUUGCCCAUAUGGGCCCAUGUUUUUAUUUUUCCUUUCACGUCCUUGUAGAAGCGUUUACAGUCUGUUUCUUUGUUUCUUGUCAAUUUAGAGUUAUAUCUUCUCCAUUUCUUUAUCAGUUUCUUGGUUCUCUUUUGUUGAAUUCUGGUAUGCACCCAAUCUUCAAGCCUGCUGUUUUUUUGGUAACUUUAUAAGCUUCCUCCUUUGAUAAAAUGUAAUCUUUAACUUCUCUUGUGAGCUACAGUUGGAUCACUUUUCCUGCUGGGUUUUGUGCCUUACGGGAAUGUAAAUUUAUUAUGAACCGCAUAUUAAUACUUACAUAAAUCACCCUGAACCUCUGAAUUAGAUUCCAGUCUGCAACUCACUCCCAGAUAUAUUGUUCUACACGUAAAUUCCACAAAAACCUUCGAUUAGAUUCUAGCCUUUAUCUGUUCUUUCUCUUCUUUCUGACAGGCUCGGGGUCUGCUAUUAGCUACAGUAAUUUGUACAAAAUGAGCAUUGAUAACAUGGCUGAAUAUCAGUUGAAGAAAGAGCAGAGAAUUGAUCAAAGACAGAAUAAAAGGACAUCGGAAC